AUUUAUUAUUACGAACAAACAACCGGUCACAUCUUUAUUACUUUCAACAACCCAACCACAUAAACUUCAAUCUCUUGAACGCCACUCACAACAAUAAUUUCAAACAUAAAUCACACCUUCAUAAAUAUGCAACCACUUUUCUUCUGUAUUUAAUCCAAACCUCAAACCCCACUACGUUCACACCUUAAAUAUGCAGCAACUUUUCUUCUCAUAAGUUGAUGCCAUAUUGUUAUGAAAAUAUUUAGAUGUUUCUAUUUAAUAUACCAACCCUGUAUCAGUUCUAACAUGUCUUCUUGUAUCCUUUAAAUGACAUGGGAGCAAAUAAGUUCACUACAAAGAGCUUAGCUACGAUCAGAUUUAACAAACAACCUCAUUCCUGAAGUGCCUUUCAUGCAGAAGUCGCCUUGCAUCAGAAUAGAUAUGAAAGUUUCAGCAUCAAUACCCAAAGCCUAUCACAUUAAGCACGGAAGAAUGACACUCAAACCACAGGUGUGGAGCAAUAUUUGAUCAAGAAAUGAGGAAGAUGACCUUUUCCCAUCAAAAAUCCUCUUGCACGUUGGCCUGUUUUGUGCAGAAAUCGCCCCAACCGGCCCCGGUUGUGUCCCGACCGGCCCCGGUUGAAAACAGGCUCAUUUUUGCGAGAAAAAGCGUUCCGACCGGCGCCGGUUCAAGACCGACCGGCGCCGGUUGCUGCGCCCAAAAAUGUACUUCAUUUCUCUUCCUCCGAAAUGGAUAAAAAAGGAUCGGUUUUUGUACCGGGAAUUUGGAGAUGUUCCGCUACGAAUUUGGACAUGAUUCCUUCACCAAAGUUGUAGAUAAUGAAGUCUGCUAUCCAACAAAACUUGAAUGACGUGAUGUUAUGCAUCUAAUCAACAGAUAUGGAUAAAACACUGAGAGGUGUGGAGCAAUAUUUGAUCCAGAAAUGAGGAAGAUGACCUUUUUCCAUCAAAAAUCCUCUUGCACGUUGGCCUGUUUGUGCAGAAAUCGCCCCGACCGGCCCCGAUUGUGUCCCGACCGGCCCCGGUUGAAAACAGGCUCAUUUUUGCGAGAAAAAGCGUUCUGACCGGCGCCGGUUCAAUACCGACCGGCGCCGGUUCCUGCGCCCAAAAAUGUACUUCAUUUCUCUUCCUCCGAAAUGGAUAAAAAAGGAUCGGUUUUUGUACCGGGAUUUUGGAGAUGUUCCGCUACGAGUUUGGACAUGAUUCCUUCACCAAAGUUGUAGAUAAUGAAGUCUGCUAUCCAACAAAACUUGAAUGACGUGAUUGUAUGCAUCUAAUCAACAGAUAUGGAUAAAACACUGAGAGAUAUUCAAUCACCAUCAUCGAGCCCGUCUCUACCUGGAAGCCAUCAAAACCAGCGCCCAUCGCCCACCGGAUUGCCACACUCAGAGCAAGGAUCUCAGCUUCCAAAGGAGAGGAGGCAUCAAUCGGAAAGCUAAGAGCUUCUACCAUUUCGCCGUUUUGUCUUCUGAGAAUAGCUCCACCCGACGCCAUCCCAGAUGCUCCACCCGACGCCAUUCCAGGGUUCCAGAUGUCCAUUCCAGAGGGAUCCACAUAGCACAGAGAGUUAGCAUACUCGUGAAUAGAACACAGUCUCCUCCAAAUCGCAGAGUCGGUGACCUUAGGUUCACCCCCAAAUAUUUGAUAGGUAGAGUGGCUAAUUUCAUUUGGAGAAGAUUUUUGAUAUUGCUGAUUCUUCCAGGACUGGUUCUUCCACAAAGGAAAGAACUCUUUUGAAAAUUAACCAACUGUCCAGAAAUAGACUGGUCCCUCGGCCAUACAUCGCCUCGUCGUCCUUAUUCGACAACGUGGAGCUCUCGUACAGGCCUCUCGGCCCAUCGGCCUUACGUUCUGGUCAUCUUUAUUUUAUGAACCAGACAUCAUAUUGUGGACGGUUGCUCGACCCAUCCCUUAGUCAUCUUUAUUUGAUGACUAGGACUACUGAUCAUGAUGAGCUACCCACAUCUAAAGAUCGGCCUCGACCAUCCCCCCAGCAGACGGGCACCGCUGCAGCUCCAUCUCCAGGCUGAAGGGCUCGCACCUUUUGUUUCAUUUUGGGGGCAUCCGGUGUACUUUUUUCCCCUCAUUAGGAUUUUUUCCCACAGGGUUUUUCCUAAUGAGAUUUUUAACGAGGCAUCUCCCCAUCGUGGAUCAAAAGGUGUCAACCCUCGGCCCCCUGUUGAAGACAUCAUCCGACACGCAUUACUCUACUCCUCUUCACCUCAUUACACUCACCUCAAGGAGUGGGGGACUGGAAGAGCGGGGGACUUAGCGCCUCCAUUAACCAAAGAAGCAGAAAUUCAAAUUUUUGUUCACGAAGUUUACUCACCAGACGACGACAGAUCAGCACACAGUUCUACUCUCUUUCGCCUCGAAUACUCUCGACUAAGAGAGUGGGGGACUCCUGAUAGAGUAUAUAGACUCGGACCCCCGGGUCUCACGACUAUUGGACCCGGACAGCGGCCCACGUACACUCAGCUGAUAGCAUUUUCAUUAUUGUACAUUAUUAUUAUUAUUAUUCAGGUGUUCUAGAUUAGCCUUUUAUAUUAUCAGUCCAUUUAUGUAACCGGGUCUGUCAGGCCCAUAUUAAGGUCCAGACCCGGAUAUUCUUCUAUAUAUACUCCCUUAGGGAGUUCUUGUAAACCUAAUUUCACAAUUCAUUCAUAUACCACUAUUCAUUCAUCUUCUCCACAUUCUUGAGCUCAAAUCUCUCCAUUUAUUAUAUAGUUUGGAUUCCUAUAAUCCAUCAGAUCUAGCAUCUCCAUUUAGAAAUAUCAGUAGGUCAUCUGCAUACCCUAAAUGAGAAACAAGAUAACCUUUGGAGCCCAUCAGAAAAUGCUUAAUCUUCCCUUGAUUCAUUAUAUGUUUUAACCCCAUAGAAAAUGCUUCAAAAGCCAUAAUAAAGAGAAAAGGAGACAAAGGGUCACCCUGUUUAACCCCUCUCUUUGGCUUAAAAAAAACCAUAAGGAGAACCAUUAAUCAUAAUAGAGAGAUGAGUAGCUUGAAGAUUAUUCAGGACAAAUCCAACAAAAAGAUUACUGAAACCAAAACUGAUAAGAAUCUUAGCCAGAAAGUCCCAAGAAACCCUAUCAAAAGCCUUGGCCAUAUCCAGUUUAAUAAUAAUGUUAGAACCCCUCACCUUUUUAUCAAUGCUAUGGACCAUCUCUUGAGCAAUCAGAACCUGAUCAGAUAUAUCCCUUCCUUGCAUGAAGCCAGCUUGCUCUGGAGAAAUAAUCUUAGGCAAGAGAACAUUGAGCCUAGAUACCAACACCUUAGUGCAGAUUUUACUCAUAAAAUUUGAUAAACAAAUAGGUCUAAAUUCUGCAAAAGACUUAGGGUUGUCAACUUUAGGGAUAAGUACAAUAAAAGCACUGGCCAUACCCUUAGGAAUAGGUAAACCCAUAAAGUAUUCUUGAACAGCCUUAAGAACAUCCAAAGAAACAACAUUCCAGCAUUUUCUAAAAAAUUUACCAUUAUACCCAUCUGGCCCUGCUGCACUGUUCUGAUUCAGGUCCCAAACAGCAGCUUUAACUUCCUCCAUAUCAGGCAGUUUAGUCAAAUCAUAAUUUUCCUCAUCAGAAACAAUUUUAGGAAUGUAUUUUAGAAUUUGUGUAUUAUUGUUCUGACUAUCUUCUGAAUAUAGUGUAGUGAAAAAAUCAACAGCUGCUUCUCCAAUUUGUUGAGGGUUGUCUCUUGUAUUGCCUGCAGAGUCCACAAUGGAGGACAUCAUUUAAUCUCUUGAAGAUGAAAAGAGGAGAUGAGCAUAAAAGGCCAUGAAACCCGAGAAGAUAUUAUUCUUUGAGCUAAACACUCAAUGUAAAACCCAUAUGUUAUCCGUGGUGGUCUUUUGCUUUUUCUGGUUGAUUGUUGAAUUUUUGAGGACUUGGAACUGUUAAACAUUUGACUUUACUCGAGGACGAGUAAAGAAGCUAAGUGUGGGGGAGUUGAUAUUCAUGUAAUUUCCGGUUGUAUGUUUGUAUUUUUAACUAGUUUCUAUUAGUUCUAGUUGAUGAAAUUACACACUUUUGGUGUAAUACUUUAUUUUCAUAUUUAUUUGUAAUUUGUUUAGAUUAGGACUUUGAGCUAAACAGGUCAAAGAUCAUCCAAGGGAUCAAGAUUGGACCUUAACAGAUCAAGGAAAGUGCAAGGAGGCAAGAAAGAUUUCGAUUUGGAAAAAAUACUAAUGUACCCGGUCGGGUAUUGCCUAUACUCGAUCGGGUAUUUGCUUGAUUCGAUUGUCCAAAUCAAAUCCGGGAACAAAUGAUCGUGGGAGCAAGAUUUCGUUAAGAUUUGUCACAUACCCGAUCGGGUAUGCCGACAUACCCGGUCGGGUAUGCCCAGAAAAGUGACUUUCUGGGAAAUUUCCUAAGAUACCCGGUCGGGUAUCCUAUAUACCCGGUCGGGUAUCAGCCCCUGCAGCUCCCAAAAGCCUAUAAAUACACCCCUUUCCUCCACAAUAAAGGAACCAAUUCCUAUAUACUUCUAAGCUCAGUCUAGAAUAGUUCUUUCUUUAUAUUUUCUUCAUGUUUAGUCUCCAAAUGAGGAG